UUUGCAAUAGAUCAAAAGAUGAUCGAAGUGGGUCUUUAAUAUAUGCAGUCUGUGUCAAAUAUUGAUCAGUUCUGGGCAGUUCUUCACCCUUCAAGAUCAUAUCUGAGAUCUUUUAUGGAGCUCCAGGUGGAAGGAGAUUUUCAGUUAUCUUUAUUUUUUUUCUAAUAAUUUAUCCAACAGUUGACCUCAGCUGCUUCCUUAUUGUUGAUUGGUUCAUCCCAGUCUUAUUCAGAGGAAGAAUCUUGUCUUGAGUGUCCUCCGACAGCUCUUUGGUCAUGGUGGAGAGGUCACAGUCUGACUGUUUAAGGAAGGGUGUGGACAGGUGCUUUUUAUACAGAGAACCAGUUCAAACAGGUCUAAGUAUUUAGAUAGCAGUGGGGUUUUUCAUUCAGUCGAUCAGUUACUGCUAAUUUGUUGGAAAUGGUAAAGAUUGCCAUCAUGUCAUGGAAACGUGCAGAAACUGUAAAUAUUUGAAUUGCAUUUCUUGCUACUGUACACCCCCUGAGUAGCAGCCAGUUCCAUUAACCUCAGGAUACCUCUUAAAGUACCACGUUGCAGUUUUGCUCUCACAGUUGCACAUGUGGGUGUGUACGUACUUCUGCAUGCACUCACACAGCACAGUAUUGAGGUCAGAUUGGGUUUUUUUUUUUCUUUUUUUUUAGCAGACCUCCAUCACUGCACAGCCUCUGGCUACCUUUCUGUGAGCUGUGCAUUCAUGUAGAAGCCAACCCAUCUGCCCCAAGGAAGGGGUUAAAAAAUGGAGAGAAGAGGCAGACGGAGAAGAAACAUGUAUAGCCACACAUAUGGAGGAGUGCGAAAAGGCAGAGGUGGAAAUUAAGAUCAGAUAAAAAAGAAGACGGAUGCCACUAACAUGGAAGUUGGAGACAGGGGGGGUGGAGAUCUGCGCAGCGUUGCCCUGAGAUACAGGAUGUCGUAAUAAGGCAAUUGAGAGAGAGGGAGAACGGAAAGGACCAGAUUGUAGUGGAGAAGGGAGGAGGAGCGUACGCCUCGGGAAGAACCGGAUCACUUUUCCUGUUUGUGUGACGCGCUGACACCCCUCUGCCUGCGCACCGAGUGGAAUGCUCCACCUCGCUCUGGGCUCUGUUGUUGUGCAGAGCUGCAGAAGGCCUGAUAGAGGCAGCUAGACAGAGAGGAGAGGGAGACUAAGGAGAACUGACAGAGGCAGACACUGUCGACUCAUUAUUCCUCCCCCUCCACGGUUUAACUGGCGACACCUGGCAAAAAAGGAAAGAAGAAGAAGAGGAGGAGGAGGAGAAGGAGCAUCCCUGAAAGCAAAAGUGAGGGACAGACAAGGUGAAGGAGGAGAAGGGUGGGAGGAAGGAGGCUUAAGCAUGAGGAGGGGCGCCUGACUGACAUUGCUGCUAUCACUAUCAGCUUACACUCAUAUCGGCGUCCGCAAACUCCCACCCAGACCGUGCAGUCGCUUGCCUUAUUGUCCUUUGGGAUCCCGGCCAGCCCUGCAUCCUUUUUUUGUUUCUCCUCUGAGCAAAAGGACAAGAGAGACAGAGAGAAGAAGAGGAGGGGGAGAAGAAGGAGGGGAAGCAGGAACCCUCUCCUCUCCUUUUAUUUAGACACAGAUCAUAGGGAAAUUACAGCUGAAAGAUAUAGGGAGAGGAAAGGCGAUUUCUCUGCUCCGUCUCACCGUCUCCUGUGGUCCUUUGACCAGAGAGCGGCUACCAGGCUCCGCUCAUGUCAGUGAAUUCGGAGAAAUCCUCGUCCCCUGAAAGGCCUGAGACCCAACAGAAAGCCCCGGUCAGCACACCUCCUCCCCCACCACCUCCUCCGCCUCCCCCUGAGCCGGUUGGCCCCCCGGAGCCGGAGGAGGAGAUCCUGGGCUCCGACGAUGAGGAGCAGGAGGAUCCCGCAGACUACUGCAAAGGAGGGUACCAUCCCGUGAAGAUCGGGGAUUUGUUCAAUGGGCGGUACCAUGUGAUCAGAAAGCUGGGGUGGGGCCAUUUCUCCACCGUGUGGCUAUGCUGGGAUAUUCAGGUGAAGAACUUUGUGGCGAUGAAGGUGGUGAAGAGCGCCCAGCACUACACAGAGACGGCACUCGAUGAGAUUAAACUACUGCGAUGUGUGAGAGAAAGCGACCCCGGCGACCCCAACAAAGACAUGGUGGUUCAGCUGAUAGACGACUUCAAGAUCUCCGGCGUCAACGGCAUACAUGUGUGUAUGGUUUUUGAGGUGCUGGGUCAUCACUUGCUGAAAUGGAUUAUUAAAUCUAACUACCAAGGUCUGCCACUGCCGUGUGUCAAAAGCAUCAUCAGACAGGUCCUGCAGGGUCUGGACUACCUCCAUUCAAAGUGUAAAAUCAUCCACACAGACAUCAAGCCAGAAAACAUCCUGAUGUGUGUCGAUGACGCCUUCGUCAGACGCAUGGCCAUGGAAGCCACCGAAUGGCAGAAAGCCGGAGCUCCUCCGCCGUCUGGAUCAGCAGUUAGCACAGCUCCCCAGCUCAAACCGGUGAGUACAACAGAUAUGGGAAAGAUCUCCAAGAACAAGAAAAAGAAGCUGAAAAAGAAACAGAAGCGGCAGGCCGAGCUGCUGGAGCGGCGGAUGUUGGAGAUCGAGGCUCUGGAGAGAGAAGCCGAGAAGAAGGAGGAACGAGCCAAAGACGGGGAGGACAGGGGCGAGGCGGAGCAGGACCCGUCCUCCCCGCUGCAGCCCCAGCAGGCCCCUCUGCCAGCGGCCCCCGCCCUGGUCCCGGGAGAGAGCGAUGAGGAUGACGAGGAGGAGGAGGACGCAGAAGAUGAAGAGGACGAAGGGGGAGAGAGGGAGAGGCCCGUCAGGUUGACGAAUCACACCUGUGCAGCAUCCCCACAGCUGCAGAGCGAGGAGCCGCAUCUACCUGUAGAUAACCCGGAGGAGGAGGAAGAGGAGGAGGAGGAGGAGGAACCAACCCCUGUGGCUGAAAAAUAUGCUCCUAUACCCCCCAUACUAGAGAAAGAUGACAAAUGUUCAACAAAAGGAGAAGUUGAGCAAGAGGAGGAGGGAGAGGAGCAGGAGGAGGGAUUAAAAGGGACAGGUGAUGAGGAGGUGAAGGGGGAAAUAGUAGAGGAGGAGGAGGAAGAGGAGGACCAAGAGGUGGUGGAGAAUGACGUAGAGGAAGAAAAUGACUGCAAAACAAAUGAGGAGAAAGAGGACUCGAAAGAGAAUAGGGAUGACGAGGAGGAGGAGGAGGAGGAGGACGACGACACCACGACUGCCGACCUCCUGACGGACAGCACCUCCCCCGUCAAACCCCAGAACAAUAAAACACAUUCAGCCAAAACCAACGGGCACGUUUUGGUAAGCUCCGAGGACCUGAGGCAGAACCCCCUAGCACCUCCUCCGCCCUCGCCCACUCCAGAGUCUCUCCUCUGCCCUCUGGUGGAGUCAGAGCUCAGUUACACCGACCGGGACCUCUCCCUCAGCUCCGGAUACGAGUUGUAUAACGGAGAAGUGGGGGAGCAGGGCCUCACCAACGGCUCCAGCGAGCAGCACCAGAGCACCGUGCCCCUGUUCCCUGACCUGCCGCUGGACCCCGAGCCGGGGAGUCCCGUUUCAGUGGGAACGGCAGACAUCGGAGCAGGACCGUCUCCCAGUAGCCCCACGGCAGACCGGAGUCGCACUGUGUCGUCCUCCAGCACGGGGGACACACCCAAAGUCAGGGCCCGGGCUGCAGACCUCCUGAUUAACCCUCUAGACCCCCAAAACGCCGACUCCAUCAGAGUCAAAAUCGCUGACCUUGGAAACGCCUGCUGGGUGCAUAAGCACUUCACUGAGGACAUCCAGACGAGGCAGUACCGCUCCAUCGAGGUCCUGAUUGGAGCAGGUUACAGCACUCCUGCUGACAUCUGGAGUACCGCCUGUAUGGCCUUUGAGCUGGCCACAGGAGAUUACCUGUUUGAGCCUCAUUCUGGAGAGGAUUACUCCCGGGAUGAAGACCACAUCGCUCUGAUCACGGAGCUCCUCGGGAAGGUCCCGCGCAAAGUGAUCGCUGCCGGGAAGUUCAGCCGAGAGUUUUUCUCCAAGAAAGGUGACCUGCGGCACAUUACCAAGCUGAAGCCGUGGUCGCUGUUUGACGUCCUGGUGGAGAAGUACGGCUGGUCGCCUGAAGACGCGGGCCAAUUCACUCAAUUCCUCCUGCCCAUGCUGGAGAUGGUUCCUGAGAAGAGAGCCUCGGCCAGCGAAUGCCUCAACCACGCCUGGCUCAGCUCCUAGCUAAACAAACACCAAGGCUGAUCCUUCACCCUCUCCCUCGUGUCCCGAACGUCACCCUCUGGUGUUAGCCCUUGGAUUGGCAGAGGCGCCCAAAGUCCUAAUCCACUCUUCCAUUAAAGCUCCCUCCUCGUUUUUGCAUCUUCUUCCCUGAAAGGAAUGUAAGAGAAGGCCGUGAGGGACACCGCAGCACAAGGUCGGAUCUUCCUCCAAGACGGAAGGGGUCGAGGACGUCGCAUCCGUCGGUCUUUAACACUGUUUGGAUUCAGUCACUACUCAUUAACUGCUUUUUGUUUUUUUCCGAUAAUGUGAUAAAGAAAUCCAAAAAAAAACAAAAAAAAGCACCGACGGUCCAGAGCUUAAAUCUUCCAAGACUCACCGGGGACCUCAACGACAGGAUGAUUUGAUGUGAGAAUGUGUGCUCAACAUCUGCCUAUGUAGUAACUUCUUCUUUCCAGCCAGCGCCCCCUCCUGAUAUAUUCAAGUUUACACCCUAACUUCUUCCUUCUCGCUACAUCCCAUCCCACAAGAAAAUCUGACAUUGGCGCUGGUGUGGGUCGCCACGGGAACCAGUGCGGAACAAACGGCUCCAGUUCAGUGGGUACAGAGAGACACUUCGUCUCUGAGGCCGAUCACUUUUCGGACAUUCCUAGAAUUGUGUUGGGAUAUGUUGAUGCCACAUUCCAGGAUCUCCACAUUCCUACAUCUUCUGCCUUCAUUCCUGACGUUGGUUCCCCAAAACUGUUUUUUUUUUACCCCCAUUUCUACCUUGGCACGUUUUAAUUGAUCGGUACCGACUCCCCCUACUCCCCAGAGGGCCGGUCACAUGGAGGUUGCACUUGUAUUUGUAAAAGUCCUUCAGGGAUUUGAAAUCUUUGUACAUAGAACUUGGCAACACAGGUAAGCGACCACGAAGGAGCAUCGUUCCCCAGAAAACCAAGGAAAAAAAAUAAAAUAAAAACAGGUCAUUGUGUAGCGAGGUGGCGGUGAGGACUGAAAAUGCUCAGACUGUGCCACCCGGUGGCGACAACGGAGAACUGCAUUGCUGCUGUGAGUGCCAACGCUCCGAGGCAUUCCACUACCUACCCACCCGACCGGUCACAAACACACCACGAUUAGUCCUGUUGCCUAUUUUCGCAAUAAAUGAAGAAAAAAAGAAGAAAUAUAAGUAAAUGGUGAGAUAUUUUUAAAAACUAUUUAAUUAAUUAAAUAUAGGGAAGAAAAAAAAAACAACUUUUCUCUGGUUGUUGUGACCGUGGCAGAAAAUCGUCUUAUACUGAGGUGAUUGUGUUUGUCUAUUAGAGAUGUUUUUAUUCCUUUCCUCAAUGCUAUUAUUAUUAUUAUUAUGAUUAUUUUUGAACACAGUGGUCACCUCUCCCCUCCCUGCUUACUUGAACAGUGCUGCUUCGUCUGAGCUCCUAAAGGUAAUUUGGGGGGGGUUUGCAAUAAAGGGUUUUCUUGUUUUUGUUUUUUUUUUGUUAGUUUUUUCUUUUUGCACCAAACUCUCCUGAUCUCACUCGUUCAGCCAUGCUGACUGUUCUUCCUGAUGACAUUGACAGAACUGUGUCUUGUAUGUUUUUCAUUGACAGAUUUAAUAAAAUUGUAAAUUAAUGGA